AUGUCGUCGUCGCUGAAAUCACCGCCGUCUUCUGCUUUGACCGACAUCCCCGCCGAUCCAGCGGAGAGAAGAAAACUUCAAAAGAAGUUCCAUAAAAAGGAAUAUCAGGAAAGAAGCGCAAAAGACCAGAGGCAAAGAAACGGCGACCAGAUGGCGGAAGUGAAAUCGACCGCCGGGGACGUCAUGGACGCGGCGGCCAGCAGCGCCGGGCAGAGCGCUACCAGGGUGGCUGAUCUGCUCCGUGGGUUCCUCGCCGUGCAGCAGCGCCGCGCCGAGGCUUACUCCAAGCUCCGAAGUGGGUUUUCUGAAUAUAUGGCUAAUGGAGGUGAAUGUGCUUAUCAACAACUAUGUGGGAAUGUUACAGCCGAAUUUAAUGAUUGCUCAACACAGAUUCUUGAAAUGGUGUCCCUCCUCUCAAAGCCAAUUUUUUGUCGUGGAGAUCUUGCCAACUUAUUGAAGGAUGUGCAAGCAUGUGAGAGAGAUAAGUUGCAGCUGACAGCUAGGAUUCAGGUGUUGAAGAAGGCUGGCCGUCCUUCGGAACGCCUGGUAAACCAUGAGCACUGCAGGUCAAGCAGCACGUCCCAGCAUGUGUGUGCAAACCUUAAGGAGAUAACCGAGGCUUCAGGCACUGAGGACGCAGAGGCGGACGCAGAGUACGAUGCCGCUCUGAAGGAGGCAAUACAGGGCAUUCAAGAGGCAGUGACUAGCAUAAACGAGCAUAUGGAGGAAGUGCGGUACGAGAUCGACGCCCUCGGGGCUGACACGGUUGACAGCAGGCUGAGUGAAGUCGAGGAAGCGUUCCCGGAUGCUCUGUUGAUAGAGUAGAAGAGUGCUGAAGUCUUAGGCCAGGGAAGGGUUUCUAUUUGGGGAGUUAGAGCUGUUUUCAUAUUGUUUAUUUUCGCGACAAGUGAAAUUGGAUAGCCUGUUUCUACUAACAACAAACAAUAUUAGCGUGCUAGCUAUUUGAAAGAGGUGAUAUGAAUAUUUUAUUUUAGCUAA